AUGAGCGGACACCCCAACAGGUGGCAAUUACUCUUCAAGCGAAGCUCACAUCCCGACUCUGAAAAUCGGAAGGCCACCAGCAUGCCUAAUAGACCUGCACCGCCAAUUCCUUCGGCGGUCGAGGCGCACCGGGCAAGGCGGGAUUACUCGUUAGAGCGCACCCCAAGUCGUCCGUCAGGUCGCCCGUCAAGUCGCCCGUCAGAUAGGCCCUCAGGCCGCCCAUCUAAUCGCCCGUUAGAUCGCUCGUUUGACCGUCCGUUCGAUUACCCUUUAGAUCGCCCGUUAAGUCGUCCAUCAGAUCCUCCGUCAAACCGUCAGGCAAGUCGCCCGUCUAGUCGCCAGUCAACCCCGGUGUCAAGCCCGGCGCUAUCGUCGGUAGAUCAUUUUUCCUCGCGGACAAGUCUAGGUCUCUCCAAAAAACCCUCGUCCUUAGCUGCCAACGACUUAAACGCCAAACUACAAAGUUUCAAGUACGACACUACACUCAGCAGCACAACUGUCACACAUAGGGUGGACGGUUACAAUGAGGUCUGGGUUCAGGAACGAAGGCUUGGAGGCGGGGCCUUCGGAGAGGUGUGUCUCCAAAGAAGGAAAGAUGCCAGGAACGGAAUAAACUCGGUUCGUGCUGUAAAAGCGAUCACCAGGAACGCUCACAUGAACGAUAUAAAGGCCAUCAAGAGGGAGUUGAAUGCGCUGAUAACCCUGCGAAAGCAUAAAGAUCAUUUUGUCGAUUUCUACGGAUGGUACGGGGCCACGGAUAACAGUGGUACAGUAUUUAUCGCUAUGGAAUAUAUCUCCGCAGGCGAUUUAUCGACAUACAUGGAGGAUGACCCAGCCCUGGCAAAGGAGAACUGUAAGACAAUUGUUAGGCAAAUUCUCGAGGCACUUGUGAUAAUGCACCAACAUGAUUUCUGUCACCGAGACCUAAAGCCGCAGAACGUACUUGUGGCUUCGACAUCACCACUAAGACUGAAGCUUGCAGACUUUGGCAUUGCCAAAUCAACGAGCCAGGAUAGUGUGAUGAAGACCGCAAUCGGCACAAGCCAAUAUAUCGCCCCAGAGGUCUGUAAUUUGAUUGAAUUGGGGCCAGAAGAAGAGUACAGUCAAGCUGUGGAUAUGUGGGCUUUGGGGACCAUCGCCCAUGAGAUCAUGACAGGAUCGAUACCAUUUUGCUCCCCUGCGCCCACGAAGAUCAACCGUGACCCGAAUGACAACGAUAACACAGGCAGUGACGAGGACAGUGCGAUGUUCAGCGGGAUAACCUAUAGCAACUCUGGACGCAGCACCAAGAGUAGUAGUAGUACAAACCUAAGAGAGUUGCUAGAAUAUUGCGAUGGAAAGAGAGAUUUCCCCUUUGCAUAUUCAGCGAAUGGCAAAUUAGCAUAUUCAACCAUAUUCAAGGACUUCAUACUAUGUGUCCUUGUCCCUCAACCAUCCCUCCGCUUAACCGCCGCCAGAGCACUUGAGCAUCCGUGGGUCAACGAAAAUGUCGCCUUAGUCGAACCUUGGCACCACGCUAUCAAACCUCCCGUUUCCCGCACAUGGUCUGGUUUUACUCAAGGUGAACGUGUUGGGGCUGAGCGCCUUGAAGCCGAACGUCUCGCCGAAGAGGAGCGUACUCGAAGGGAGCUUGCAAGGGCUCGUCUCAAAGGCGUGAUAAGGGCCACCACAGUGUUUCGUGGAAUGGUUCCACCACGCCCGACGGUUACCGUUGAAGCCGAGGAAGAAGACAUUCAGAAUCAUGAUUCUUAUAGCGGGACUGGGCAACGUGAUGAAACCAGACGCUCAGGGGAUCAGUAUUCAGCGUUUGACUACGACGAAGCUGAAUUCGAAGCCGAGCUUAAGAAAGCCCAGCGUGCUGCUGUCGAACGUGCUGCCGAACGUGCUAGAGACGAACGUGCUGAAGCUGAGCGUGUGGACCAGGAGCGGCGUUCAAAAGCUGCGAAAGCUAGUAUCCUUGGCCUCACGGGAAUGCUCAAAGCCGUUAAACGGUUCCGUCAAGCAGUUCCACGUCCUGAAGCUACGGAUGCAGAAGACCCUGGUUAUCAUCGGCAUGAGGAUGUAUAUGUCAGGCACUCACAAGAUUGGCGUGAGGAUUCCAGGCACUCCCUAGAUCAGCGUGAUCGUGAGGAUGCCAGACAUUCACAGGAUCGCCACGGGGAUGCCAGGCAACGACAACAAGACCGGCGUGCAAAAGCUGGGCGGGUUCAACACAAGGAUAUUUCUGAAGCUGAGCGUGCUUUCCUUGCAGCUGAAUCCGAGCGUAUGCGACGUAAGCUCGCAAGAUCUCGGCUCCUUGGUCUCACGGGGGUAUUGAAGGCAACCAGAAAAUUCCGUCAAUUGUCAGUUUCGCAUUCAACAUAUAAGGACGACACAUACAGAGGUAACGCAUAUACGGAUCACGCGUAUGUGGAUAAUGAAGACCUUAAUGAUGAUGUCGAUCCUUUGGAUACCGAGCACCCAGCGGUGGAAUCUCAGCGUGCAAGGAUGGAGCGUGAGGACCGUGCUCAGCGUCAAGCUGAAGCUGAACGUGUGAGGCAGGAGAAAGCGAAAGCGAAAGCUAAAGCUAAUAUUCUUGGCAUUACUGGAAUGUUCAAGGCUAUUAAACAGUUUCGUCGGAAUGUUCCCACACCGGCAGCAGCAGCCCCGGCACCAGAACCAGUUAUCGGUAGAGAUGCGGAAGAGAUCCAAGAUGCGGGGGAGAUCCACGAUCCGCUCCAUAUCAAUUGUAACAUUCAAUUUACACAGCCUAAGUAUCAGUAUGUUUAA